CUUCCCAGCUGAUUUUUACGUCCUAGAGAUGGAGGAGCCUUCUCCCAAGUCAACGCCACUUUUGCUAGGUCGUCCCUUCAUGAGGACGGCUAGGACUAAAAUUGAUGUGUAUUCUGGCACCUUAUCAAUGGAAUUCGAUGGAGAAGUUGUUGGCUUCAACAUUUUUGAAGCUAUGAGGUAUCCCCUAAGUGAUUUUCAAUCAUGUUUUUCUAUUGAUAUACUUGAUGAACUUGCGCAGAAAUUCAUGGAGAUUAUGGAGGAUGAUGCCAUGGCUUCAACCAUUGCAAGUGGCGUUGGCAUUCUUGAAAAUGGCGUCACCAUACCUAAGGAAGAGCUCACGGAUUCUUAUGAAUCUAUCCACCUAGAAAACGUUGCUUCUCUUGAGGCAACGUCCUAUGUAGCUUUAAGGUACCUAAUGUCCAAGAAGGAGGCAAAACCACGGCUAAUUCGUUGGAUACUCUUGCUUCAAGAGUUUGACGUUGAGAUCAAGGACAAGAAGGGCUCUGACAACGUUGUGGCUGAUCACUUGAGUAGGCUAGUGAGUGAAGAGGACGCCAUACCCUUAGUGGAGAUGUUUCCGGAUGAACAACUCUUCGGAAUCCAGGUUUGGCAUGCCUAGAGCACUCAUUAGUGAUGGAGGUUCUCACUUUUGCAACAAGACCAUUGAAGCGUUGCUUAGGAAGUAUCAUGUGACCCAUAAGGUUUCAACGCCUUAUCAUCCUCAAACAAGUGGACAAGCAGAAGUUUCAAAUAGGGAGAUCAAGAGGAUACUUGAGAAAACCGUGGGUCCUUCAAGGAAGGAUUGGAGCCAACGUUUGGAGGAUGCUCUUUGGGCAUAUAG